AUGUCACCAAACGAAAAAAAUCUUUCGGAAGAACUUGUUCAUGAACCAUUAAGUAAUAAUACAACUUCUAGCACCAUGAAUGAUACAAAUAACAUUGUUAUAAUAGACGAUAAUAAUAAAUUAAAUGAAGCGAUCCGUAGUAUAAAAGACGAUCCAGAAGCCAACAAAGCCCAAGAAAUAAGAUUAUCGGCGUUUGCGGUAUUUUUAGCAGCUUUAGAUCAAACAAUUGUUUCGACAGCAUUACCUGCAAUAGCUUCAGAAUUUAAAGCAUUAGAUCAAAUCGCUUGGGUUGCAACAGCUUAUCUACUAACAAUGACUGCUCUUCAAACAACUUAUGGAAAACUUUCAGACAUUUUUGGUCGUAAAUCAACGUUUUUAUUUUCAAUAAUAAUAUUUGAGAUUGCCAGUUUAUUAUGUGGAUUGGCGCCAAAUAUGGAAGCAAUGAUAAUAUUUCGUGCACUUGGUGGAAUUGGUGGUGGUGGUAUUAUAAGUCUUGUCAUAAUAAUUAUUUCUGAAAUUGUUCCAACACAAGAUCGUGGUAAAUAUCAAGGAUUGAUUGGUGCAUGUUUUGGUAUCGCUUCCGUUGUUGGCCCUUUGUUAGGAGGUGCUUUUACGGACCACGUGACUUGGAGAUGGGCAUUUUAUAUUAACUUACCACUUGGAGUUGUAACAAUUGUAACUGUUGUAGCAUUUUUGAAGUUACCAGGACCAACCGGAUCAUUACUAGCCAAAUUAAAAAGAGUCGAUUAUUAUGGCACAGUGAUGAUUAUGGUUGCUACAAUUUUACUAUUAUUGUCAUUGAGUUGGGGUGGUAGUCAAUAUGCUUGGAAUUCUGCUAUAAUAAUAUCGCUACUAUGUGUUGGGGCUUUAUGUUUUGUUGCUUUUGGAUUAAUCGAAUCGAAGAUUGCACUUGAACCUGUUGCACCACCCCAUUUAUUUAAGAAUUUAAAUAUUGUUGCAAGCUUUGCAGUAAAUUUCUUUCAUGGAAUGGUAUUUUUUGGCUUUAUAUAUUAUGCUCCGCUUUAUUUCCAAAUUGUAAAGGGUGAAUCAGCUACUGCAUCAGGGUUAGAAUUACUUCCUUAUAUAUUAGGAGUUGUGUUUUCAUCUAUAAUAAUAGGACAAUUAGUAUCACGAACAAACGUAUUUUCUUUUAGAACAAUUUGUAUGUUUGGAGCUGUCUUGGUUGUUGUAGGAUCAGGAUUAAUUACUACAUGGACAGAAACUACUGAACGUGGACCACAAAUUGGAUAUAUGUUAAUUACUGGUUUUGGCGUUGGAUCAAUUAUGCAAACUACAAUAUUACUUGGUCAACAGAUUGUAUCUAUAAACGAUUUAGCGCCCACUACUGCUUUAUUGUUAUUCUUUAGAUUUAUUGGGGCUGUAUUUGGUGUAGCAGUUAUUGGUACAAUAUUUCAAAAUAAAUUGGAGGAAAACGUUGAUGCACUUAAUUUGCCACCAGAUGUUCCAGUAGAUUUAAUAAAACAAUCUGUUGAAUUUAUCUUACAUUUACCUGAUCCAAUACGAGGACUGGUAAUAAGUGCUUAUGUCAGAGCAUUACAUGUAGCUUUUAUCGCAAUUGUACCACUUGGUGGUGUUACACUUAUUUCUUCCUCAUUUUUGGGAAGUCAUAAACCGAUAAUAAGUGAUGGUAAACUUGGUGAACUGGCUCUUUAA